CACUGUACCAAAAGGAGCGACAAACAGAGACUGCAGCAGAAAAACCAGUAAAAUAACACCCCACAUUUAAUUUUCACAACCUCCAAUCUCUCUUUUCCCCAUUUUUCCAAGCUUCCCUUCUUCUCAAAACCCUAAGCACCAGCACAUUCAUUCAUGGCUUCUUCGUAUUAUCCCUUCUAAAUCUCCAAAUCACAAGCAAUGGCCAUCUCGAGAUCCUUCGUUACCCUCUACUUCUUCACACUCUUCUUCAAAUUCUUAAUUGCGAACCCAGACACUUCAUUUUCUCUCAACAACUUCGGCAAAAAUUCAACCUUUCACUCCUUUCUCGCUCUUUAUGGAGAUGCGAAGGUCGUUAAUGACGGUUCUUCUUUACAACUCACUGCUCCAUUACCUGCCAGUGCUGGUAGAGUGAUUUACAAAAAACCCAUCAAGAUUUACGGAGGCAUCCCCAAGAAAUUGGUAUCAAUAUCUACGUACUUUUCAUUUUCUAUAUCAAAUGGGAAUCAUUUAGCUUUUGUUUUGUUCCCUUAUGGGUAUCCCAUGAAUUUGUUUGAUUAUAAUUACUCGUCUGUGCCCUUGAGUGUUGAAUUUGAGAAUCGUACCGGGAUUGAUUCAUCAAGAUUCAUGUCUGUUAAAAUUAUGAAUGUUUCUUCUGUUAAUUUGGUGAUUAAUGGUAGUGAAAAAAUGCAAACUUGGAUCGAUUAUGAACCAGGGUCGAAACGUUUGGAGGUUAGAUUGAAUAGAUUUGGCAGCAAUCGACCUAUAGAUCCUUUGCUAUUUGUGCAAAACGAUUUAUCCAAAAUCUGGCCUAAAAUUGAAGGGGUUUAUGUGGGGUUGAGUUCAUCAAAUGGGAAUUCUUCAGAAACCUGCAAGAUCGAUUCUUGGAAGUUUAAAGCAUACAGAGCUCCCGACUGGAUGCAUUCACAGCCAUUGGAUCCAACAGGAGAGAUUCAAAAACACGAUAUGAAGGUUCCUAAAGAAAGUGAUUGUGUUAUGAAGAUUCUUGCAGCAUUGAUAACUGGGAUUGGUUUUGGGUGUUUAGGUACAUUACUUGUGAUGUUUAUGUGGACUGUUUUUGGGAAUAGAAGGCCGGUUAUGCCUGAAGAGUUUGCAGUGAAAUCUUUGCAAGAAGAUGAGCACAAGAAACUGAAGAUUGUUCUUGAUGAAGCUUGUGCAAAUGAGAAUUAGGUAACUUUCUUAUCUCUAGUUUAGGUGAUAGUGUUACUUUUUCUUGAUUUGUAUAUGAAUGUGGUUAUUGUGUUACGAUGAUUCACAGUUCUAAUGUAGGUUUGUGUUUGUGGUUAUAAUGUUGUGCAAUGUUAGGAACAAAAUGUAGUUCGAUAUUGUACAAUGUUAUGAUAAUUUAGAUGCGAGUUUAAGAUUGGAAA